AUGGACGAAGAUCCAGAGACACAGGAGUCACAGGCCAAUAAUGUGCAAGACGGUUCAUUAGAAGCUUUACGGGUUCACCUUACCCAAUUCCCUGACAUAGACCUUUCAAAACUAGCAUGCCUAGAUGAUAUUAAAGCUGCAGCUGCAGACAUCAAGCUGGUGCGUCGUUUUGAAGAAAUUCUCAUGAUAUGGUACAAGGAAAUUGACCAGGUCAUACUUGAAGUUGAUCUACUUAGGAGACUGGAGGAUUUGGCAGGACCACUUUCUGAAUUAGAGCACUGGAAAAAAAUGUCUGUGAAAUUUGACUCAAUAAUAAACCAUAUCAAGAGCUCCAAAUGUAAAGCUGUGGAUAAGAAGUGGCGAGAACUGGAUGCCAAAGUGACAGAGCGCGUCCAUGAAGCAAAAGACAAUGUUAAGUUUCUGAGCACACUGGAGAGUGUCUGCCAGCCACUUUACGGCAAUGAUCUUGUUUCAAUAAUCAAAAGUGUUCCGAAUGUGAUCAACGCUAUACACAUGAUUUACAAUGUUUCACAGCACUACAACACAGAUGAGAAGAUUGGUAUACUUUUUGUGAAUGUCACAAACCAAAUGUUGAAUGCAUGUAGAUCUUACAUCACUGAAAAUGGAAAGUAUCAUAUAUGGGAACAUAAUCCUGAGAUCCUUACCCAUAAAAUGCAGGACUGUAUCUCCCUAUACAAAGAAUACAAGUCUUGCUUUGAGGGGAAGACACAGGAGAAUUAUUCUCAGCAACCUUUUUGCAAAGAUGUUUCAAAAAUGCACAUAUUUGGAAAAUUUGAUACAUUUUGCAAAAAACUUGAAAAGAUCACACAGAUCAUGUCUGUUUUCAAGACAUUUGAGCCUCUUCAAAAAUCCAAGAUUGAGGGCAUUGAGGUUUUUUCCAGACAGUUCCACUCAGUGUGCACGAAUCUGAAAAGUAAACAGUAUGACAUACUGGCUCCAACCAACUUUGAAUUUAAUCUCGAUUUUGUGAAGUUUAUGGACCAAAUCAACAAACUUGAGAAGCAGAUAUGGACAUUCAUGAGUUCAUCAUUUUCUAACAUCAUAACUUCUCAGCAAGCUCUGCAGUUAUUUCACCGUUUUGAGAAGCUUAAUAUACCCUCUUUAAAAGCCAAAACCCAGGUUAUUUUGUCUCGUAUUCUCCACCAUUAUGUCACUGAGCUGAAGUUUGUAAACAAGGUAUACUCAAAAGAGAAAGGAAACCCUUGUAUCGCUAGAGAUAUGACUCCUGUGGCAGGGAGAAUUGGAUGGGCAAGAAAUCUCAGCAAGAAGAUAGAAGAACCUAUCUCUUUCAUUCAAGCCAAUUCUGACAUCUUACAACACCAAGAAAGUCGCAGUGCUGUCAGUUUGUACAAGCAGACUGCUGCAGUGUUGAAGGCGAUGGGCUUAAAAGUUCCACUGAAGGCCUCACAUUUAAUCUCAUCCGAAUGCAAAAUCAAAGCCAAUCGUGACACACUUCAGGAAAUUUUGGAAAAGUAUGAGUCAACUUGCCAGAAGAUUCCAUCAAAUUUCAUUGCUUUGAUGGCUUCAAAAGUUAAAAAUGUUGAUUGUGCCCUUCGACCUGGAGCAGUAAUGUUCACUUGGUCAUCUUCUAUUGUGGAUAAAUUCUUUCAACAUGUUGAUUUUGCGCUAUUAGACCUGAAAAACACUCUAGAGCAAGUGCUGGAUAUAUACAACAAUGACAUCAAUAAUGUUUUGGAAGAGAUGUCUCAGAUGGUUCUGCUUAAGCUGCCAGAACAUCCAAGUAGUUUGGAAGAUUUGAUCUCCAUAAACAAAGAUCAUUGUGCUGAACACGCAGCAUUAGUCAAAAGAAAAUGUACUCAAAUUGAUUCCGCUUUGAAACAGUUGAGUGACAUCUUCAGUAAUGUUUAUGGCUUGAAUGACAUCAAACCUGCUGAUAAACAUCCUACUGCCCAGGAGAUUUUAGCAGUCACAGAAGAUUUCAGCAAAGACAUUGAUGAUAUGGAAAAAUAUCAUUUUGAAAAGGAUUUCAAAGAGCUUUACGAUACCUUGACUGCACGAGUUGUAGAGACUCUCAUUAAAAUAAAUCAUUCCUCUUUUGAGAAUCUGAAAAAGAGAGUCUCGAAAGAAGAAGUGCCUUGUGUGCUGGAUCAGUUCAACACCUUCAAGUCCAUUUGGGAGGAGGACAGAAAUGUCACAGUCAAGGAGUUCAUGGAAAACCGGCCAUCCCUGCUCCAAAUAGAAAACCCUAUAAAGAACACACUGACCACAGAAACAAAAGCCUGGAAAGAACUUCUGUGCAAAUUUCUAAGAGAGAAACACAAGGAUAAAAUGAGUGAUGCAAGCACUCAAUUCAACAAAUACUUCACCCUGUUGUCUAAACCUGUGAGUGAUCUGGAGGACGUGCGCUGUGCUAUGAAUGCCUUGUCUGAGCUCAGGGAUAUAGAAAUAUCAACUGAUAUGACACUCAUUUCUAUUGAGGAGGCCUUUGAUAUUCUUGCAAAAUCCAAUAGCAUUGUGACAAAAGAAGAGUCAGAGAGUGUGUCUAACCUGAGAAAUGUGUACACUGAGCUCCAGACAAAAGCUAGGUCAGUUCAAUACGAUCUUGUACGACGGCAACCCGACAUACCGUGGACUAAUGUGGACAUAGAGAAAAUCAACUCUGAACUUCUAGAUUUUCAGAACAGAUGUAGAAAGUUACCGAAAGGCUUGAGAGAUUGGCAGGCCUAUUUAGAUCUUAAAAAGACCAUUGAUGACUUUAAUGAGUCAUGCCCACUGCUCGAGAUGAUGGCCAACAAGUCUAUGAUGACACGGCACUGGGAUAGGAUUGCUACUCUGACCAACCACCCUUUUCCAGUGGAGUCUGAUGACUUUGCACUGAAAAACAUUAUGGAAGCUCCUCUGCUGAAAUACAAAGAUGAUAUUGAGGACAUUUGCAUAUCAUCUGUGAAGGAGAAGGACAUUGAUGCAAAGUUGCUGUCGGUGAAAGAAACUUGGGUUGGUCAAACUCUGACUCUGAUGACGUUCAAGGACAGAGGAGAAUUGAUGCUGAAAGGAACAGAUGCUGCUGAGAUCCUCACCUCACUGGAGGACAGUCUUAUGGUUCUAAGCUCUCUUUUGAGUAACAGAUAUAGUGCACAUUACAAAGCUGAGAUUCAGGACUGGCUUUUUAAACUUACUACUUCAUCUGAAGUCAUUGAACAAUGGAUGAUUGUGCAAAAUUUGUGGAUAUAUUUGGAGGCCGUAUUUGUUGGUGGAGAUAUUGCCAAAGACCUACCACAGGAAGCAAAACGAUUUCAGAACAUUGACAAGACCUGGAUUAAAGUCAUGGAGCGUGCACAGACGGUCCCAAAGGUGGUGGAGUGUUGUGCUGGCGAUCCCACCUUAGUGGACAUUCUGCCAGAUCUACAGAAGCAGCUGGAAUUAUGUCAAAAGUCUUUAGCAGGUUAUCUAGAGAAAAAGCGACUGCUGUUCCCACGCUUCUUCUUUGUAUCUGAUCCAGCUCUUCUGGAGAUUCUAGGACAAGCCAGCAAUUCACAUACAAUUCAGAGUGAUAUCUUUAAUGACCUUGUUAAAAAACGUAUUAAAACUGCCAGCGACUUUGAGUGGCUUAAACAAAGCCGAUUCUACUACAACGACUAUGUAGAUCAAGUUAUAGUUUCCAUCACAAAUGUGGACUUCAUAUAUCAGAAUGAGUUUCUUGGGUGUACUGAUCGUUUAGUCAUCACACCGUUAACUGACAGGUGCUACAUAACCUUGGCACAAGCUCUUGACAUGAGCAUGGGAGGAGCGCCAGCGGGGCCAGCUGGAACUGGGAAGACAGAGACCACCAAAGACAUGGGUCGCUGUCUGGGCAAGUAUGUGGUCGUGUUUAAUUGCUCCGACCAGAUGGACUUUCGAGGGCUCGGCAGGAUUUACAAAGGUCUUGCCCAGUCCGGUUCAUGGGGCUGCUUUGAUGAGUUCAACAGAAUAGAUUUACCGGUGUUGUCUGUGGCAGCUCAGCAAAUAUACAUAGUCCUGCAAGCACGCAAAAAACACAAAAACACAUUCAUCUUCACAGAUGGAGACUGUGUGGAUUUAAAUCCAGAGUUUGGCCUGUUUAUCACAAUGAACCCAGGAUAUGCUGGUCGUCAAGAGCUGCCUGAAAACUUGAAAGUGCAGUUCAGAACUGUGUCUAUGAUGGUUCCUGAUCGACAGGUACAUUAUGAUUUUGGCCUGAGGAACAUUUUGUCCGUGUUACGAACUCUUGGUGCAUCUAAAAGAGCCAGGCCCGAUGACACAGAAUCCAGCAUUGUGAUGAGAGUACUGCGUGAUAUGAAUCUCUCCAAACUGGUGGAUGAAGAUGAGCCUCUCUUUCUGAGUCUUAUUAAUGAUUUGUUUCCUGGUAUUCAACUGGAUGGGAGCACAUAUGUUGAACUGCAAGCUGCUGUAGCCAAUCAAGUUAGGCUUGUUGAGCUUGUCAACCACCCCCCAUGGAACCUGAAGCUAGUGCAGCUUUAUGAAUCAUCACGUGUGCGACAUGGUCUGAUGACACUGGGCCCAAGUGGUGCUGGUAAAACUGCUGUCAUCCACACUCUAAUGAAGGCUCUGAGCGAGUGUGGAAACCCACACAAAGAGAUGCGCAUGAACCCCAAAGCCAUAACUGCUCCCCAGAUGUUCGGACGUCUGGAUGCAGCCACCAAUGACUGGACGGAUGGGAUUUUCUCUACUCUUUGGCGAAGGACGUUAAAAGCCAAGAAAGGGGAAUUCAUUUGGAUUGUGUUGGACGGUCCAGUGGAUGCUAUAUGGAUUGAGAAUCUUAACUCUGUGCUUGAUGACAACAAAACAUUGACCUUGGCAAAUGGUGACCGUAUCACCAUGUCUCCGUCUUGUAAACUGGUGUUUGAAGUGCACAACAUGGAUAAUGCCUCUCCUGCCACUGUGUCCCGAGUGGGCAUGGUGUUUAUGAGUUCAUCAGCACUUGGUUGGAAGCCUAUUCUAAAGGGAUGGACAAACAGACGCAAUCCAAGGGAAGCAGAAAAUGUUUUGGCUUUGUACAACAGAAUAUUUGAAGAUGCUUAUUUGUACAUGAAGCAGAAUCUGAAGCCAAAAAUGGAGCUUCUGGAAUGCAACUACAUAAUGCAGUCCGUGAACCUGCUGGAGGGCCUUAUACCGACCAAAGAGACUGGGGGCCUCAUGGGCAGCCACCACAUGGAACGUCUCUUUGUUUUCUGCUUGAUAUGGAGUCUUGGGGCCAUUUUGGAGCUUGAUGACCGAGACAAAUUAGAAACUUUCCUCAGGAAACAUGAAAGCCAGAUCGAUAUGCCCAAUUUGAAACCAGGGGAAACAAUAUUUGAGUACAUGGUCAACACUAAUGGUGAAUGGUCCCACUGGAAUGAUUUUGUAGGAGAGUACACUUACCCAACCGAUCAAGUACCUGAUUAUGCCUCAAUUCUGGUCCCAAAUGUUGACAACACAAGAACGUCUUUUCUGCUGGAAACUAUUGCUAAACAGCGAAAGGCUGUACUGCUAAUUGGAGAACAAGGAACUGCUAAGACAGUCAUGAUCAAAAGUUUUACAAAGAAGUAUGACCCUGAGACCGACCUGUCCAAGUCUCUGAACUUCUCAUCAGCAACAGAGCCCAUGAUGUUUCAGAUCACCAAUGAGAUUGUCCGUCAGAUGAUGGAAAUGGGUGGCAUGUAUAAUCUGGACAAACCUGGAGACUUUACAACUAUUGUCGAUGUGCAGAUACUUGCAGCCAUGAUUCACCCUGGUGGGGGAAGAAAUGACAUCCCACAAAGACUCAAGAGACAGUUUACUGUUUUAAACUGUACUCUUCCAUCCAACACCUCCAUUGAUAAGAUAUUUGGUGUGAUCGGCUGUGGAUAUUUUCAUACAGCAAGAGCUUUCCAGAAAGGAAUAACAAACAUGAUAACGACCCUUGUGUCUGCGAGCAGAAUUUUGUGGCAAUGGACCAAGGUAAAGAUGCUUCCUACCCCAUCCAAAUUCCACUAUGUCUUCAAUUUGAGGGACUUGUCCAGAAUCUGGCAAGGAAUGCUUAACAUCAAGGCUGAUGAGUGUAAUAGUAUAUCUAUACUUUUAGCACUUUUCAAAAGUGAAUGCACACGGGUCAUUGCUGACAGGUUUAUUUGUGCUGAAGAUAGACAGUGGUUUGAGAAGGCUGUUACUCGAGUGAUCAAAGAACAUGUAGACCCUGAGCUGGUUUCACAGUUGCACCCUGAACCAUAUUUUGUUGAUUUUUUGAGAGAUGCCCCAGAACCCACUGGAGAAGAAGAGGACGAUGCAUGUCUGGAUGCACCAAAAAUCUAUGAACUGGUUCCAUCAUUUGAGUUUCUGUCAGAGAAGCUGAUAAUGUAUCAAACACAACACAAUGAGAUUGUUAGAGGAACAACCCUGGAUUUGGUUUUCUUUAGAGAUGCCAUGACACAUCUCGUCAAGAUUUCACGCAUCAUUCGAACCGCAAAUGGAAAUGCACUUCUUGUUGGAGUUGGAGGAUCUGGAAAGCAGAAGGGCAAAGGCAUCACAUUCAUUUUCACAGACAACGAAAUCAAAGACGAGGCCUUCCUGGAGUAUCUCAACAACGUCCUUUCUUCUGGAGAGGUAGCAAACCUUUUUGCUAAAGAUGAAAUAACAGAAAUUACUCAGAACUUGAUCUCAGUGAUGAAGAAGGAGUUUCCUCGUGUUCCUCCAACCUUUGAUAACCUCUAUGACUACUUUAUUUCGCGAUCCAAAAAGAAUCUACAUGUAGUUUUAUGUUUCUCACCGGUUGGUCAGAAGUUUUCCUCUAGAGCGUUAAAGUUUCCAGGCCUGAUUUCUGGAUGCACUAUGGACUGGUUCACUCCGUGGCCGACUGAAGCUCUUGUGGCUGUGUCCAAAUAUUUCCUGUCAGAUUUCCCUUUGGUGUGUUCCCCAGAAGUGAAGUCUGCUUUGAUGACCACCAUGGGCACAUAUCACGACAAAGUAUCAGAAACAUGUGAAAGCUACUUUGAAAGGUUUAGAAGAAGAACUCAUGUUACACCAAAAUCCUACCUCAGUUUUAUCAAUGGUUAUAAAUCUUUGUAUAGUGAAAAAUACAAUUACAUCAACACAUUGGCAGAGCGCAUGAAUGUUGGAUUGGCUAAACUUAUGGAGGCGAGUGAAUCUGUUGCAAAACUUUCACAAGAACUGGUUGUGAAAGAAAAAGAACUUGCAAUUGCGUCUGCGAAAGCUGAUAAGGUGGUGGCUGAAGUGACAGUGAGUGCAGAGGCUGCUACCAUCAUAAAGAAUGAGGUCCAAAUUGUCAAAGAUCGAGCCCAGAAAAUUGUUGAAGAAAUUGGUCAUGAGAAGGCUAUUGCUGAGGAGAAGCUUGAGGCAGCAAAACCCGCUUUGGAGGAAGCAAAAUCUGCUUUAAAUACCAUCAAACCAAGUGACAUAGCCACCGUGAAGAAGUUGGCGAGGCCCCCACAUCUGAUUAUGAGGAUUAUGGACUGCUGCCUGCUUUUAUUUCAAAAGAGGGUGGAUUCAAUCUCUAUUGAUCCCGAACGAGAGUGUCUCAAGCCAUCGUGGUCAGAAGCACAGAAAAUGAUGAGUGGAGCUGGAUUCCUGACAAAUCUCCAACAGUUUCAGAAAGACAAAAUCAAUGAAGAAACUGUGGAGUUGCUAAAGCCGUAUUUUGACAUGGAGGACUAUACUAUGGAGAAUGCAAAGAAAGUGUGUGGUAGUGUAUCAGGUCUUCUAGCCUGGACUAAAGCUAUGGCCACUUUUUAUGGAAUCAAUAAGGAAGUUCUACCGCUCAAGGCAAACCUCGCUGUGCAGCAAACCAGACUUAAUCUGGCUAUGAAUGAAUUAAACCAGGCUGAAGCUCAGUUAGCAGAGAAGCAGGCAGAGUUUGAUGUUGUGAAAGCCAAAUGCGAUGCAGCAAUGAAGGAAAAACAGGACUUGUUGGAUGAUGCUGAAAUGUGCAAGAAUAAAAUGCAGGCUGCAUCUGCUCUUAUUGACGGCUUGAGUGGAGAAAAGAUUCGAUGGAUCGAACAGAGCAAAGAGUUUAAAUCACAAAUAAACAGACUUGUGGGAGAUGUGCUUCAACUCACUGGUUUUUUGUCAUACUGUGGACCGUUUAACCAAAGUUUCCGAGACAUGCUGAUCAAAGAGAUCUGGGAGACCGAGCUCAAGAACAAUAAAAUCCCUUUCACUGAUAACCUGAACCUUAUAUCUGCCUUGGUGGACCCUCCCACUGCAACACGAUAUCCCCUGCUGAUAGAUCCUCAGACCCAAGGAAAAACCUGGAUCAAGAAAAAGGAACAGCACAAUUCACUUCAAGUGACGUCUCUGAAUCACAAAUAUUUCCGUACACAUUUGGAGGACUGUCUGUCUUUGGGACGUCCCAUGCUCAUUGAAGAUGUCCGUGAGGAGCUGGACCCUGCACUUGACAAUGUUCUUGAGAAAAACUUUAUCAAAUCUGGCACAAGUUACAAGGUUAAAGUAGGAGAUAAGGAAAUGAACGUCAUGGAUGGAUUUCGGCUUUAUAUAACGACCAAACUUCCAAACCCAGCAUACACACCAGAGCUGAGUGCAAAGACGUCUAUUAUAGAUUUCACAGUCAAUAUGAAAGGUUUAGAGAACCAACUUCUGGGUCGAGUCAUUCUUAAGGAGAAAUAUGAAUUGGAGGCAGAACGGUUAAACCUCAUUGAAGAUGUAACAUUAAACAAGAGAAAGAUGCAGGAGCUAGAAGACAAUUUGCUGUACAAACUCAGUAGUACAAAAGGUUCCUUGGUUGAUGAUGACUCCAUGAUUGGUAUUUUAAGUGUCACAAAAAAAACAGCUGCUGAAGUGAGUGCAAAACUCAGUGUGGCUGCAGACGCAGAACUAAAGAUUAACUUAGCUCAAGCUGAAUACAGAUCUGUGGCCUCUCGUGGGAGCAUCUUAUACUUCCUGAUCACUGAGAUGAGUAUGGUGAACGUCAUGUACCAGACCUCACUCGGACAGUUCCUGAAGAUCUUUGACCUGUCACUUGAAAGGUCAGAAAAAUCCCCCAAAACCCAGAAAAGGAUCGCAAACAUUAUUGAGCAUUUAACAUAUGAAGUGUUCAGAUAUACAGUCAGAGGUCUGUAUGAAAACCACAAGUUCAUUUUCACGCUGCUCUUGGCUCUUAAAAUAGAUUUACAGAACAACAAAAUAGAGCACUCCAAGUUCCAGACACUUAUUAAAGGGGGCGCUGCUCUGGACCUGAAGACCUGCCCUCCAAAGUCAUUCAGCUGGAUCUUGGACAUGGUUUGGCUGAAUCUUGUGGAACUCAGCAAACUGGCCCAAUUUAACAACAUAAUAAAUCAGGUGAGUCAAAAUGGAAAAGGGUGGAAAGCCUGGGUGAACGCCGAUGCUCCAGAGGAAGCUCCGAUGCCGGAUGGCUAUAACUCUCUUGAUGUGUUCCACAAACUUUUGCUGAUCAGAUCUUGGUGCCCUGAUCGUACGUUAUGUCAAGCCAUGAACUAUGUGGCCGACUCGAUGGGGGCCAAGUUUGCGGAGCCAGUGAUCUUGAAUCUUUGCAGCACUUGGGAAGAGACGGACCCUCGCACUCCUUUAAUCUGCUUCCUGUCCAUGGGCUCAGAUCCAACAGAGCAGAUUGAAGCUCUGGCUAAGAGACUUCAACUGGAGUGUAACGCCAUCUCCAUGGGACAAGGACAAGAAGUACAUGCAAGGAAGCUGGUUCAGAAGUCUAUUGCACAAGGUGGCUGGGUGCUUCUGCAGAACUGUCACCUGGGUCUAGACUUCAUGGAUGAACUGCUUGAAACGAUAACUGUAACAGAACCGAUGCACGACAGUUUCAGAGUGUGGAUCACCACCGAGCCCCACGACAAGUUUUCUAUCACUCUUCUGCAGUGCUCUAUCAAGUUCACCAACGACCCCCCUCAAGGGGUCCGUGCUGGAUUGAAGAGAACAUUUGCUGGAAUCUCUCAAGCUCAGCUGGAAGUCAAUGACUUGCCUUCAUGGAAGCCUUUGCUUUACAGCGUGGCCUUCCUUCACACUGCUGUCCAGGAACGCCGUAAAUUUGGACCUUUGGGUUGGAACAUUCCUUAUGAAUUUAACUCUGCUGACUUCACUGCCAGUGUAGAGUUUGUGGAAAAACACUUGGGAGAGUGUAGAAAGGAUGUGUCUUGGAUAACUGUGCGCUACAUGCUGUCGGAGGUGCAGUACGGAGGAAGAGUCACAGAUGAUUACGACAAACGACUCCUUCAGUGUUUUGCCAGAGUGUGGUUCAGCAAUAAGAUGUUCGACCCCUUAUUUUGUUUUUACACUGGAUACAAAAUUCCACUGUGUAAAACUGUAGAAGAAUACAUGGAUCACAUCCAGAGCUUACCUACAGUCGACUCGCCUCAAGUCCUCGGCCUACAUCCAAACGCCGACAUAACGUAUCAGACAAAUACCUCUGCUGAAGUCCUUGACACAAUAACAAAUAUUCAACCAAAGGAAAGCGGAGGGGGAUCAGGGGAGACUCGUGAAUCCAUAGUUUACAAAAUGGCAGAAGACAUGUUGGACAAACUUCCCCCAAACUAUGUGCCUCAUGAGGUUAAAACAAGACUACUGAGAAUGGGAGCCCUCAAUCCAAUGAACAUCUUUCUCCGUCAAGAAGUGGAUCGAAUGCAAAGAAUUAUUACGGUGGUGCGCAGCAGUCUCACCGACUUGAAGCUGGCCAUCGACGGCACCAUCAUCAUGAGUGAGAAUCUCCGUGAUGCGUUGGAUAACAUAUUCGAUGCUCGCGUUCCAAAACUGUGGAAGAAAAUCUCUUGGGAGUCGUCUACUCUGGGUUUCUGGUUCACGGAGCUCAUAGAGAGAAACAAACAGUUCUUCAGCUGGGUGUUUGAGGGACGGCCCAAAACCUUCUGGAUGACAGGGUUCUUUAAUCCUCAAGGUUUUCUGACGGCCAUGAGGCAAGAAGUAACCAGGGCCAACACAGGCUGGGCCCUGGACACAGUCACUCUGACCAACAGAGUCCUGAAACUGAGCAGAGAGGAGAUCAACGCACCUCCGACUGAAGGAGUGUAUGUUUAUGGUCUUUACCUGGAUGGAGCUGGAUGGAAUAGAAAAAGUAUCCACCUCAUCGAGUCUUCUCCUAAAGUGCUGUUUACCCUGAUGCCAGUGAUCCACAUGUUUGCAGUGAACUCUACUGCCCCCGUGGACCCCAAGCUCUACGUCUGCCCCAUCUACAAGAAGCCACGGCGCACGGACCUGAACUACAUCACUUUUGUGGUGCUGCCAACAAUCCACCACGACUCCGUGAAGCUGAUCAAGUUCGCGGACGACACCACCCUCAUUGGACUCAUCUCCAACAACGAUGAGUCCGCCUACAGGAGGGAGGUGGACCGGCUGGUGUCCUGGUGCAGUGGUAACAACCUGGAGCUGAACGCCCAGAAGACAGUGGAGAUGAUUGUGGACUUCAGGAAGAGCACUGUCCCCCCGCCCCCACCCUCCGUGAUGGACUCCCCCAUCACCUCUGUGGAGUCCUUCCGUUUCCUGGGCACCACCAUCACCCAGGACCUCAAGUGGGAGCCGACCAUCAGCUCUCUCAUCAAGAAGGCCCAGCAGAGGAUGUACUUCCUGCGGCAGCUCAGGAAAGCCAAGCUGCCUGCACAGAUGUUGGUGCAGUUCUACACGGCCAUCAUCGAGUCCAUCCUCACCUCCUCCAUCACCGUGUGGUUCGCUGGAGCCACAGUCAGGGACAAACAGAGACUACAGCGCAUUGUGCGCUCUGCAGAGGAAGUGAUCGGCCGCAGCCUUCCAUCGCUGCAGGACCUGCAGGAGGCUGCGGUCCAUCAGGACUAG